UUUCACGAUGCGGCUCAACGGAACGCACCAAUCCAAUCCCGACACGCAUCCCCUCCCGCUCUCGUAGCCCCGCGUCCCCCGCGCCGCCGCUAUAAUAGGCCCCUCGGCGCGCGGCCGCACCAGCUCGCCGAGCAACCCGACGCCGCUUCCCGUCCUUCCCGUCGCCGCCCGCUCCCUUCUGCAAAGCCCAUAGACAAGUUGAUCUCAUGAAUUCAGCAAGAACAGUGGCAUCCAAAGUUUCCUGUUCAGCGGGAAACAACAGCAGUGUCCCACCCUGCCUCCUUCCAGGAUUCUUGGGGUUCCCAGUUGUCCCUGUAAACUUCCACUUGUUCAAGGCCAUUGUUCGCUGCCCUGCAUCUUCUGUUGUCUUGGGAAUCUGUGGAGGCAGCCUCCCGUAGACAGAGCUUCCCUAUAAGGCAUCAUCCUGGUUAAUCUGGGAAUUGAUUGUGGGGAGCCACCCACAGCGGAAAUUGUGGCCCAAGACUUCCUAGGCAUCACGACUCUAAACUGCUGAAUCCUGGGCCCGUGAAGAUGGUUUCCUCUGAGAUAACCUCUGUUACAGCAGCUCGUGCACAAGGCCCCAAGCUCUUUAGAGGGAAGAUAAUUCUGCCAGGGGGGCCUCCAGAUGUUGUCCCCUCUGAAAAUGUUGAGUUCGAUUUUUCUGAUGUUUUUGGACCUACUGCAGUCCAGACCCCCACCGAAGUGAGUAUUCUCACUCCAGACAGCCCAGCACCUGUUGCUGAGUCCAACGAUGAAGUUUACGACGACCCUGUGGUCAUUAUCAAGCGAUCUCAUUCUCUUGUUGGUCCAUCAUCUCUUGUUAGCCAGUCUUUGCCAUUUAGCAAGCUCGCACUACACGAGACAGAGAGUUCAUUGGAACUUUCAGAGUGUGCUUCCAAAGAAAAGCAAAUUAACCAAGGGUCGCUUAGUGAUGAAGAGCUUGAUGAUGCAAAAAAGGAGAACGAGGGUGUUGGACUUGAUAACUUUGAAGUCUUGAAGCUUGUUGGCCAAGGGGCAUUUGGCAAAGUCUAUCAGGUGAGAAAGAAAGGUACUUCAGAAAUAUAUGCAAUGAAAGUAAUGAGGAAGGACAAGAUUUUGGAGAAGAAUCAUGCUGAGUAUAUGAAAGCCGAGAGAGAGAUACUGACAAAAGUUGAUCAUCCUUUUGUGGUGCAGUUGAGGUACUCCUUUCAGACAAAGUACCGACUUUACCUUGUCUUGGACUUCAUAAAUGGGGGCCAUCUCUUUUUCCAGCUUUACCAACAGGGUUUGUUUAGUAGGGAGGAGCUUGCACGCAUCUAUGCUGCUGAAAUUGUAUGUGCCGUAGCCCACCUCCAUGCCAAUGGUAUUAUGCAUAGAGAUUUGAAGCCUGAGAACAUCUUAUUGGAUGCUGAUGGUCAUGCCAUGCUAACCGACUUUGGCGUGGCAAAAGAAUUUGAUGAAAACACUAGAUCAAACUCAAUGUGUGGUACUGUUGAGUAUAUGGCCCCAGAAAUUGUUCAGGGCAGAGGUCAUGAUAAGGCUGCUGACUGGUGGAGUGUGGGAAUCCUACUUUUUGAAAUGCUUACGGGCAAGCCCCCAUUUAUUGGUGGAAACAGAGACAAAAUUCAGCAGAAGAUAGUGAAGGAGAAGAUAAAGCUGCCCACAUAUUUGUCUAGCGAAGCUCACUCUCUGUUGAAAGGCUUACUACACAAAGAAGCUGGCAGACGGCUGGGCAGCGGACCAGGCAGCAGCGACGAAAUAAAGAACCACAAGUGGUUCAAGUCAGUAAACUGGAAGAGGCUGGAGGCCCGACAGAUCCAGCCAAGCUUCCGCCCGAAUGUUGCUGGCAAGACCUGCAUCGCGAACUUCGACGAGUGCUGGACGAGCAUGCCCGUGCUGGACUCUCCGGUGGCCAGCCCCGUCGCUGCCGAUAGCAACUUCGUGGGGUUCAGCUAUGUGAGGCCGGCGACCUUCCUUCAAAAGCCGAGUCCUCUAGGCUGAUGAGGUACUUCAGUGAUUUGCAAGAUGCUACCCCGGAGUUUGAAGAAUUAUUUAUCUCGAUCAAUUUCGCUGUACGUACGUGAAGCAUUCUACUUCUGCAGUUUUAUUUGUAUGUGGAACCCCCUAUAUAUUUGUUCAAGACACUAAGGAUGCAAGUGUCACCUAA